CACGCUAUGAUUGUCCCGUGGCCGCGGAUUACGGCCUCCAGGCCCAUUGAGGACGCCUGUCGGACUUUCUAUCUCUCUCUACUGGCGCUAGCCUUUCCUGACCGCGCAUCGGGCUCGGACAGGUCAAUACCGGCCCCCGACGAGCGCGCAUGCAGCACAGGGUAGCUAGAACUUCGGUCUACCGAAUGCGCGUCUUCCGGCGAGGUGUAUAUAUACCUGACUACACCGAUUUUUCCCCUCGCACAACGUGGUCGCGACCAUCCACAUGCGCUUCACGCGGCACUGGCUUUCACAGUCCGGCUCUCACGCUCGGCAUCGCGAUGACUACGGGACUCGGCGGUGCUCAUGUACCUCCUGCUGCCCUUCUUUACCCUCGCCACUUUCCCUCGGCCCACCCACGAUGGGACGACCCCGACUUCGCGUGGCUAUAUGUGGCGCCGGAAUCGGAGGACUCGUAGCCGCGCUCUGUCUAGCGCGAUAUCCAGACAUAGACGUUACGGUCUACGAGGGCGCUUCUCGACUCGCGGAGGUGGGCGCGGGUAUUGGCUUUUGGCCGAGACCUAGGGAAAUUCUCAAGAGACUCGGCUUGGAGGAAGAGCUUAUGGAGCGCUCGUGCGUCGAGGCAGGAGAGGAAGAAGACACGAAAUUUAUCUGCCGCAAGAGCGACCAAGUCGAGAGCUAUCAUUUCUAUACCAUACAAGCGAAAGGCCGCCAACUGCGCGUCCACCGCGCCGACUUUCAGACCGUCCUGGUCGCACGCCUCAAGAAGCUCGGCCGCGACAAUGUCGUCUGCUCGAAACGACUCUCCUCAUAUACCGACUUCUCUUCAUCACCUGAUGUGUCCUCCUCUACGCUUCCCUCCUAUACCUCGCUCAAUUCCUCCCUCUUCCCAUCCCCCUCUGGCUACGGCACCGUCGCGACGUGCGACGUACUCAUCGGCGCAGACGGCCUUAAAUCGCGCGUCCGCGUCGGGAUGAUGGAGCGGGUGGUGUCCGAGGCUACUCGACAGGCUGGGGCGGAGGAUGUACACGCGCUCGCAGCGGCUGCGCAGCCCGUGUGGAGUGGCUUCGUCGCGUAUCGGGUUUUGAUCUCGGCGGACAAGCUGAGGGAGCGCGCGCCUGCGCACUCGCUCCUGUCGAAUCCCAUGCUGUAUUUUGGGAAGAAUGCGUGCAUCGUCGGCUACUCGAUUCAGAACGGCGCCUGUCUGAACGUGAUCUUCUUCACCUUCGACCCCGCGCAGGAGCACGGCGUUCACCCCGGCGAGUGGAUGCGCAAGGCGGCAAAGGCCGAGUUCGCGGGCGCCUUCGAGGGAUGGGAGCUGGAGGUGCAGGCGAUGUUGGAUUGCGUGGACGGUGCGCUGAGAUGGGCGGUGCAUACGACGAAGCCGCCGGGCUUGCCGACCUUCGCGCAUGGAAGUACGGCGCUUUUGGGUGAUGCUGCUCAUUCGAUGACACCCUUCCAAGGAAGCGGCGCUGGACAGGCGGUGGAGGACGCAUGGCUCCUCGCGCACCUUCUCGGCGAUCCCGCCGUCACUCGCGCCAACGUCUCCGCUGCCCUCCGCGUAUAUGACACCGCUCGUCGACCUGUAGCUCAAGAUGUGCAAGAGCGCUCGCGCGUUAACGGCCACCUUCUCGCGUUGAAUUACCACGGCAUUGACUUUGACGCGCUGGAAGGGGAGGCGCAGUGUGUGGCGCUCAUUGAGCUCGGCGAGCAAAUGCAACGCGACUGGGAAUGGGCGUGGUCGACGUCGACAGAUGGGAUGGUCCAGGAUAGCUUGGAGGCUUUGCGACGGGCGGUCUUAUAGCUCGCGCAGGUCUUGUGUUUGGUUUGCUUUCCGGUAAUGUAUCUUGGUAAGGCUCGGAUUUCCUGCGUUCGGUUCAACAGCAUGUAUCAUUAGAUCCUAUAGGUACCAUCAGUGUAUCAUAUCCUCUUUGUGUAUGCCAGUUAUACUCCAUUC